AGGAAAAGUAGAAGAAGAAGAAGAAGAUAAAAACGAAGAAGAAGAAAAUAAAGAAGAAGAAGAAGAAGAACCGGCGAGAAGGCACAUACUGUCCAGUUUUUUCCCCUUACUGUUGCUUUAGUGCAGGACUGGGCUGCAGAUGUUCCUGCUGCGGGACAGCGGAGGAUUAUAUCAUUUUUUUGUUUUGUGUGUGUGUUUAUUUUGACUUUCUUCCAAGUUCCCCGGUUGUCGGAACCGGGCCGUUGUCGUCACGGUUAUCCACCCCCCCCCCCCCCCCUCUUAUCCCCCUCCCCUCUCCCUCCUGCUGCCCCCUUCAUGGAUGGUCCAGUGUCGGUGUCUGCCGCUCAGCACAGGCCGAGUUUGGAGCUCGGAAGGAGGGCUAAAUGUGCCGCCACCUCACCCCAGCACACUUUUGAGAAGUUGAUUCGGACAUAAAAAAAAUUUAAAAAAAAAAAAAAAAAGGGGGGAAAAAGUGAGCCUCAGCUAUGGGUUGCAUGCACUUUCUGAUGUGCCUCUCACUCACUCAGCUCAUGCUGGAGCCUACUUUUGCCGCAGGAGCCCACGACAAGCUCUCUGGCAAGUUGAGCGAGUAUGGCCUCAUCGUGCCAUUCAGCACAGACUCCCACGGCCGCUUCAUGUCUCACCUGCUCUCCACCGGCGGCGCUCCGGAGGAUGGAGACGGCGGCGACGCCGGACGCAGGAGGAGGAGGACCGCCGGGAGGCGGCGGGUGGCCCGCGGCGCCCCGGAGAUGCCCUCGCUGGCCCCCGGCUCGGCCCAGCGCUUGUUCUUCAACGUGACCGUCUUCGGCAAGGAGCUGCACCUCCGGCUGAGGGCCAACAGGAAGCUGGUGGCCCCGGGGGCCUUUGUGGAGUGGCAGGAGGACUUUGAGGGCAAGGCCAAGGAGCGCGUGCACAGGGAUUGCGUCUUCACCGGGGACGUGAGCGACAUGCCCCACGCCGCAGUGGCCAUCAGCAACUGCGACGGACUGGCAGGCUUGAUCCGCACCGACCAUGGCGAGUUUUUCAUCGAGCCCCUGGAGAAAGGCCAGCAGGAUGUGGAGGUGAAGGGCCGCGUGCAUGUGGUGUACCGCAGGUCGGCCGUCAAGCGGGAAGCUGGCCAACGCGGGGAGACUCUCCGCAAUGAAGUGGUGGACUUCGGCCUCGCGGAACUCCCGGCGGCCCUGGACCUGGUCCAGCACAGACUGUCGGAGGCCGAGCGCAAGAGGAGGCACGCCAAGGCGGACGACUACAACAUCGAGGUGCUGCUCGCCGUGGACGACUCGGUGGUGCGCUUCCACGGCAAAGAGCACGUGCAGAACUACGUCCUCACCCUCAUGAACAUCGUGGAUGAAAUCUACCACGAUGAGUCUUUGGGGACCAACAUCAACAUCGUCCUGGUCCGCAUGAUCAUGGUCGGGUAUCGUCAGUCCAUCAGCCUGAUCGAGCGUGGCAACCCAUCCCGCAGCCUGGAGCAGGUGUGCCGGUGGGCCAACACGCAGCAGCGCGGCGACCCCGACCACGCCGAGUACCACGAUCACGCCAUCUUCCUCACAAGGCAAGAUUUUGGUCCCGCAGGUAUGCAAGGUUAUGCUCCGGUGACUGGUAUGUGCCAUCCGCUGAGGAGCUGCACUCUGAACCACGAGGACGGCUUCUCUUCCGCCUUUGUGGUCGCUCACGAGACGGGCCACGUCCUGGGAAUGGAGCACGACGGCCAGGGCAACCGCUGCGCCGACGAGACAAGCAUGGGCAGCAUCAUGGCGCCGCUGGUCCAGGCCGCCUUCCACCGCUACCACUGGUCCCGCUGCAGCAAGCAGGAGCUCAGUCGCUACAUCCACUCCUACGACUGCUUGCUGGAUGAUCCCUUUGAGCACAAGUGGCCCAAGCUUCAGGAGCUCCCCGGGAUCAACUAUUCCAUGGACGAACAGUGCCGCUUUGACUUCGGUGUCGGUUAUAAGAUGUGCACCGCUUUCCGCACGUACGACCCCUGCAAGCAGCUGUGGUGCAGCCAUCCCGACAACCAGUACUUCUGCAAAACCAAAAAAGGGCCACCUGUGGAUGGGACGGAAUGUGGUCCUGGAAAGUGGUGUUUUAAAGGCCAUUGCAUCUGGAGGUCUAGCCAGGAGCCUCAGGGCCACGACGGCAGCUGGAGCUCCUGGUCCAAGUUUGGCUCUUGUUCGCGGACAUGCGGAGGCGGAGUUCGCUCCCGCAGCCGUCAAUGCAACGACCCUGCGCCGGCCUACGGCGGUCGCGAGUGCCCCGGCUCGGAGUUAGACUACCAGAUGUGCAACACGGAGGAGUGCGCCGGGCCCUACGAGGACUUCCGUGCUCAGCAGUGCCUCCAGAGGAGCAACAAAUACCACAACAACAAGAAACACACAUGGCUGCCAUACGAGCACCCAGAUGAGAGUCGCAAGUGUGAGCUGAGCUGCACGUCCAAGGAAACUGGGGAGGUGGUCUUCAUGAACCAGGUGAUGCACGACGGGACCCGCUGCAGCUACAGCGACCACUUCAGUGUGUGCGCGAGGGGCGAGUGUCUGCACGUCGGCUGCGACAAGGAGUUUGGCUCGUACAAAGAGGAGGACAAGUGCGGAGUGUGCGAGGGUGACAACUCGCACUGUCGCACUGUCAAGCUGACGCUCACCAAAACGCCCAAAAAGAACGGAAUACUGAAAAUGUUCGACAUCCCUGUUGGAGCCCGUCACAUCGUCAUCGAGGAGAACGACACUUCCCCACAUCUAAUUGCCGUGAAGAAUCAAGUGACCGGCAAUUUCAUCCUUAACGCCAAAAGUGAAGACGCGGAGUCCAAGACCUUCAUCGAGAACGGUUUACAAUGGAACUACACCAUUGAGAGCAACGGCAAAGAGACCCUACGGACGUCCGGCCCUCUGCAUGAAGGCAUCUUAGUGCUGGUCAUUUCGCGUGAAGAGGAGGCAAAGAUCAGCUUGACGUAUAAAUACAUCAUACACGAGGACCUGCUGCCUCUCAUCACUAACAACAACAUCCUCCUGGCCGAGUUGGACACGUACGAGUGGGCGCUAAAAAGCUGGUCGCAGUGCUCCAAACCUUGCGGCGGAGGCAUACAGUACACAAAGCAUGGAUGCAAGAGGAAGAGUGACAGCCGCUUGGUCCAUCGCAACUUUUGCGAGACCAGCAAGAAGCCCAAACCCAUCCGCAAGCGUUGCAACAUCCAGGAGUGCAGCCAGCCAACGUGGGUGGUGGACGAGUGGAGUGCGUGCAGCAAGACAUGCGGGAAGCAGGGCUACCAGACUAGGGUGGUGCAGUGCAUGCAGGCGCUGCACAAUGGCACCAACCGGCCCGUCCACAGCAAACACUGCGCCGAGGACAGGCCGGAGCCCAGGAGGAUCUGCAAUAACACGGCAUGUCCUGCACAGUGGAGGACCGGAGCAUGGUCUCAGUGCUCGGUCUCCUGUGGGGAAGGCAUCCAGCAAAGGCAGGUGGUGUGCAAGACCAGCAACAACACCGCAGGCGACUGUGAGGGCGACAAGCCGGAGACGGUCCUCAUUUGCAACAUUAGCCCUUGUCCAGGACAAGCCUUGCCCCCUCUCAGCAUGAACAACUCCACCGUCAAAGACGAAGCCUUGCAUCAAAGAGCUCCCAACAACCCUGUCAUUAAAGUCACCUCAAACGAGGCUUGCCAGGGAGAUAAAUCGAUUUUCUGUCAAAUGGAGGUCCUGGCUCGCUAUUGUUCCAUCCCUGGAUAUAAUAAGCUUUGCUGUGAAUCUUGCAACAAAAACCUCACCAGUCCACUUCCCACCUCAGAGGAACCUCAGACGUCCACGUCUUCCCACCAGUCCCCUCUACCUACUGCCACCCGGAAUCCACUGCAAACCACUAAAAGCGCCAGCCGACGGACGCGCUCCACCACGGCGUUGACCACCGUCGCCCCGACCACCACAGGCGGCAGCGACCCGGUGCCUCUUCUACCUCCAGCGCCGCCGACAGCCUCCAAGGAGCGCAGGCCCAACAGCACUUUAGGCCCGCUAGCCGCAAAGUCAAAAAGGGACCGCUCAGGAUCCGAGAGGGACUCCGCUCGCGGGGCCGCGUAGCAAUCACCUCACUUUUUUCUCCAGUAAACUUUGAGCAGACGGGCGAUUACCUCAUCCAACCUCCGAAAGAGCGAGGGCCAAGCGCUGUCGUCGGCGCUCCAGAGACGAUACGAACGCAAAGGUGCUGUAAACUCGAAGAGCAAAAAUAAUGUGACGACUGUAUUGCUUCCUCCGUGUUUGUUUCUGUGGACAGUUGUUGCUGUUUUUCCUCCGCAAGUGCAUCAGAACUACUAGUGAAGUCGCGUGGUGAACAGGCGGGAGGUGUUAGCCGUGUCGACUGUGGAGGCUAGUCUAUGCCACUCAGGUAAUUUAUGGACCUUUCAUGUCAAAUACAGACGCAUGUAUCUCCUUUUUCAAAAAUCUUUGGCGGACCCAGCUAGUAAGGCUUAAGCUUAUAGUUAUUCCAACAUAUUUUUGCACUUAAAAGAUCUCGGAAACCUCAUGGAAAUGCAGAAAAUAUUUAGAAAAAAAAAGAAGUAAUGUAGCUAAAAAUCUUUUUUUUUUUAAUUGUUAUUAUUAUUAAUCAGUCCGACACAAUAAUACAAUAAUAAUACAACUUCAAUUAACAUUCAUUAAAAUGAAUGCGUGAAUUGUUUUAAGUCUCAGAAUUUGCUUUUAAUACACAGUCACAUGAUAUAGGAAUAUUUUUAAAUGCUAUUAACUUUCUUGUUGGACUUUUUAAUGAGGUAUGUAGCGUUACCAUUGUGAAUCAGAGAAAUUAUGUAGUGUUACAAAUAAAAAUGCAUUAUCUGAAAUUUAAAAAAAAAAAUCUUUUUUUUUUUUUUUUUAAGGACAUUUAACGGUAAUAUUUUAUAAAAACAUUAGUCAGAUAAUUUUUGAGUAAUUUAGCCUAAAAUCAAAAGGAAACUUGGAGGUAUGUAAUAGUGUUUUAUCGCUUAUUACUUUAAUAAAGUCCAUAAUAACCUAAAUGAUAAGUGGCCUCCACAGUCAUCACUCCUGGCAGGAAGCAUCAUAGUUUCUUAUACUUGGUGCUCUCUAUUUGUUUUUGGUUUCCAAAUCCAAUUUUGGGGAUUAAUAUAUAUAUAUAUAUAUAUAUUUUUUAGCUAUCCAAGUCCACUGUCGGUACUCAUCGGUGGAAGAUCACUUAUGCUUUAAAA